UUGAUAAAUAUGCAGAUUUGUUUAGUCGAGAGGAAAAGAGGAAGAAAGAGAGGUGAUGGUGAAGAUGAUGGCUGCCGCAGCUAUCCCAUAUUCACCUCAGAUCCAUGGCUUCCCAGAAGCCCAUUUAUUUUGCUGCCAAAACUGUCACCUCUAAAAAGGUCCCUCUCUUUAUUUUGAUGGAUUGAUUUAUUUUGUCACUCAAUGCAGGGUACAACGGGGUCGAAGCCGAAGCUGCUGGCACGGGUGGAGCAGCUGCGGCUCCUGAGCAAGGCGGGGCUGCUGUCGGCGGCCGAGAAGUCGGGGCUGUCGCUGUCGGCAAUCGAGAGGCUCGGGCUCCUGUCGAAAGUGGAGGAGCUUGGGGUUCUCUCGGCAGCCACGAACCCCGGGACGGCGACGGGGCUUCUCAACAUCAGUUUGAUUUUGUUGGUUUUGGGACCUGCAUUUGUUUUCUUAGUGCCACAGGACUACCCUUGGGAAAUAGGCCUUCAGGUUUCGGUUGCUCUGCUCUCUAUAGUUGGUGGCUCUGCUGCUUUUGCUGCAUCAAAUCUUGUAUCUACUUUGCAGAAAUCUAGUUAGACUUCUUUUCCUCAAACAUUUGCUCAGAUUUGCACAAUUUCAUGGCAAUGUAAGGACACAAAUUCCCAUACUACAUGAUUUAGAGAUAUGUAUCUAUGAUGAAUGCUAAGAUUGCCAUUUCAAAUGAAGUACACAUAGGAAUCUAUGACUUGUUAGUA